AGCAGGGGAAAUGCUGUACAUUUUUUCUUGCUUGGUUAAUUGUAAAUUCUUGCCAUACUGCAACUGUUUCUUAGAUUAUUAUUAGCUUUUGAUCCUUGUGCUAUGUCCAUGAAUUGCAUACCACAUCUUUUUUUAUUUAUUGUGCUGAAAUUUUAGGUCAUAUUGUCUGUCACCCCGCAGAUUCUUUUUCAGUAUCCUCCUGGAAGGAAGUUACCUGUGCAACCAAAGGAUUUGCUUGCCUUUUGUUUUCCUGGAGGUGUUAAGAUUACAGGAACCAUGUAGAAGAAAUGGGAAGGAAAUGAAGAAAGACAGAAAAGAGCAAAUGUGAAGCAGAAGAGAGGAUUCUAUGGAGGCAUAAUGGAUAAGCAGUGGAGAGAGAAAUUGCUAAAUUGGAAGAAAAGAAUAAGGUAGAUCAACGAGAGAAAAGUAUCCAGUCACUGCUGGUCUGGUCAUUGCCUGUUGGCUCGCUUGAUGGAGAGGACUCCAUCAAUGAGUGAUCUAAAUGAGGUUGUCUAUGGACAGGAGCAUCUAGGCAGAGAUGAUUUAGCUUUCAUUUUUUCCUUGAAGGUGGUAGACAAUGCAACACUUUAUGGUGUCUGCUUGCAUGUACAGGAGAUUGUUCAGAGGCCACCUAGUAUUUUAAGUGGUGCCUCACCUUUUUCUCAAUCCUUGGGAGGGUGCAGCCGUUUUUUGGUUUCUGCUCCUCGCUGUUAUUGUAUUCUUACAAGGGUUCCUUUUUUUGAGUUGCAUUAUGAGAUGCUAAACAGCAUUGUUGCACAAGAGCGUUUGGAUAGGAUAACACAAUUUGUUAGUGAAAUGAUGUUGACAGAUAAUGUUUCCCCGGGGGUUAAAACACAAGAUCAGAUGAAUGAGAGUAUUCACUCUCCUUACAAGGAAUCUACUAGUGAUUGGAUGGCUUCAACUAUACCUGUUGACAGUGCAGUAGCCCUUACUGCAGCUGCCGCAGGACUAUUAUCAGAUGAUGAGAUCCCUUCAUUGUCAACCAGGUUAUGGGAACCUCAAUCUCCUGAAAGCGUUUCUGCUAGCGAGGCUUCAGAGUUUGGUCAAGUAAGAGAAAUAGACAAAGGCAUCAGAAAAAAUGUUCAGUAUUUUGAUGAUUCAUCUGAGACUUCAGAAUCCCAUUCAGAUAGCUUAGAGAGAAUGACUGCGAGCUAUGAAAAUUGUCAAUCUUCCCCUGAAAUUUGGACGUUCCCCUAUUCUAGGAGCCUUGGAAGUUCUGAAUCUUUACUGAGUUCAGUAAGAAGCAUGGGAUCUGAAGAGGAAGAUGAUGAGAAUGUUGGGUAUGAUGUAAUAAUGGAAUGGGCUAAGGUACACAAAAACGAGAUGCUACAAAUAAUUUGUGGUUAUCAUGGUCUGCCUCUUCCAGCAUGUGGAAGUGAAAUAAUUUUUCAGCCUCUUGAGCACCUACAGGCUAUCAAGUACACCCGCCCUGCCGUUUCUGCCCUUGACUUGUGUGGGAACUAUCCUGAUGUAAAAUUUCUGGGUUCACUAGAAGCUGCAGAGUUUAAUGCAAGGUUAGCUGCUGCUGAGGAAGCUUUUGCAUUGUCAAUAUGGACUACAGCAACAGUCUGCCGAGUUCUAUCCCUUGAAACUUCUAGCAAACCGGAUGUGGGAUUAAUAGGCCUUGUAGAAGGAGUAUUACUGGAGAAACAAGUAGUGGUUGUAUGCCCAAAUCUGGGUGUCCUAUCAGCUACUGUGUUAUCACUUAUUCCCCUGAUUCGUCCAUUUGGAUGGCAGAGUUUAUUGCUUCCAGUUUUACCACAAAAAAUGCUGGAUUUUCUUGAUGCUCCAGUACCUUUUAUUGUUGGCAUACAACAAAAACCAUCUAAACUGAAGAUGAAAACAUCAAAUCUUGUUCAUGUUAAUAUCUUCAAGGACCAGGUGAAGAUGUGUUACUUGCCUGCACUUCCUCGGCAUAGAGAGCUCGUCUCUGAACUAAGGCCUAUCCAUGCUAUACUGUCAUGUGAAAACUCCAUAGCCAAAAGGCAUCCUGUAUAUAGAUGCAACAAAGUGCAGUCUCAGGCUGAAGCUGCAGAAAAGUUUUUGAAUAUCAUGAGGAGCUACUUGGAGUCCCUUUGUUCAGAUCUGAGGUCUCAUACCAUUACUUGUGUAGAAUCAAACAAUGACAAGGUUUCAUUACUUCUUAAAGAUAGCUUUAUUGGCUCCUUUCCUCUUAGGGACCAACCCUUCAUCAAGCCUUUUGUAGAGACGCAACUUUUCUCUGUCCUAUCAGAUUCUCGGCUCUCAAGAUAUGAGCAUGAUUAGUUCUAACUUAACCAACUUGUUGAAAGCUUUGUAUGUCACUUUAGACCUCCAAGGUGAGAAGCAAUAUUGACAGAGCCCCAAGCCAAGAAAGGAAGAUUGGAGCUUGAGGUGGGCAGUUGUGCUUGAUGGAUCAUGAUUUGGAAUGACCAGCAUUUGGCUGAAUAAUGUCUUUGCCACCAACAUCAUUGGUCUCCUCUGUUGGAGCUAUUAAGGCUCUGUUUGGUUGCAAAGGAAAUUAGAAGGAAGAAAAGUGAAAAUUUUCAAAACAAAAAAUGUAAUUUUUAUAAUCAUUCCCAGCAUGAUUGUAUGAAGUGCUUAAAUUUUUUUUCAUAUUUGAUGAUGAUAUUUUUUUUAGAUGUAACUUUUAUUUUAUUUUUAAAAAAAUCAAGGGAUUUGGAUGCAAAGUAAA